AUGGCAGGAGAGGGAUGCGAGUUUGAGAAAACUUUCACUUUCAGCUGUCUUCCAUCCAAAAAGUUUACAUUUCUACAAAACAGAGAGAUGCUAUCACUGUUGAUGAAAUGGUCUAUGCUGGGGAGAUUGUCAGCUCAGGCAUUCAGCUUUGACCAGAGCUUUGUCCCCUAUAACAGUGAAAAGUUUGCCCAUUGCUUUUUCACUGACUCCAAUGUGAUUUCCAGUUUGUGUAAGGCAGAGACCAGAGCUUGGGUGCCUCUUGAGAAACCCAUACAGUCUGUUAAAGUGGAGGUGGUGCCUUGCUCAAAGGUCUCCAUAGAUUUGUUUGACCCAAUUUACUCUUGUGGCAUCGUGAGGCCCAGCGGACAUAUAGUGAAAUGUUUCCAUGAAGUCUAUCCCGACUAUGAUGAACUAAGACAAAUGCUAGUUGAUGAGGAGUCCGAGCACUACCCCAUCAUAAGCCCAGGAGAACGUCAGGAGUUUCUCUUCCGACUUUUUAAGCACCUGUGUCUUGGGGGAGAGCUGUGUCAGUAUGAGGAAACUAUUGAGCCUUACAUCAGCACCACAAAGCAAAUCUACAAAGAUCUAAUCAGUGUUCAGAAAGAUCAAGAAACAAAAAAGAUCAGUGUUGUGACAACAGUCCUCAAAGUGUCAGCUUUUAAUGAGUCAGGACCUUGUUUCCCGGGACGACCUGAAGAGGAGGAGCAAACCUUCGCCUACUUGAUUGUGGACCCUUUUAAAAGGCAUGUGACAUUGUUUUACCACAUUUUUGGAAUCGGAGAUUUUUAA